AUGCGCUCCAAGUUCAAGGACGAGCACCCCUUCGAGAAGCGAAAGGCGGAAGCUGAACGCAUUCGUCAGAAGUAUGCGGACCGCAUCCCAGUUAUCUGCGAGAAGGUCGAGAAGUCGGACAUCGCCACCAUCGACAAGAAGAAGUACCUUGUCCCGGCCGACUUGACUGUGGGCCAGUUUGUCUAUGUAAUUCGCAAACGUAUCAAGCUCUCCCCAGAGAAGGCGAUUUUCAUCUUCGUCGAUGAGGUUCUGCCGCCCACGGCCGCCCUGAUGAGCAGCAUCUACGAAGAGCACAAGGACGAGGAUGGCUUUCUGUACAUCACGUAUGUGCCUGUUUCCCUUCCUCUGUAUAUUCACCCACCAGUGAGCAGACCAUAUUGA